AUGGCGGAAAAGUUUACUAUUUAUUCAUCAGCUGAAAGCCAGUGGGUGGGAGUUAUGCUUCUUGCCCUAGAGGAGAAGGGCCUCAAGGCAAAUGUAGACUAUGAUGUCAAAGAAAUCAGUCUAUCAACUGGUGAAAACUUUGCACCGGAGUAUAUCGCCAUCAAUCCCAAUGGCACGGUACCUUCUCUGACUGCUCCGUCUCUCGCCAAACCUCUCACUGAAAGUGCCGAUAUUUUGAGAUGGAUUGACUCUCGCGGAACAAAGACUCUCGUACCUCAGGAUGAAGCACGUUCGAAAGAAAUUCUUGACCUUAUGCAUUCACCUUCUAUGAGCACAAACCUUAUUCUGUUUCAGGCACGGGAUCCUGUUGAGAUGGAAUCUAAGAAGAAAAGCGGCUGGAAUGCAUUUCUGGAGGGGCGCCAGACUCGCCUAGACAAGGAACUUGCUGCACACCCAGAACACUCUUUUUAUAUCUCCAAGGCUGCCGAAAAUCUCGCCAUCACAUCGUUAUAUCGUGCUGAGGUUGGAUCCGAACACAAAGACCUCUAUAAAUUGACAGACGAAAUGUAUCGUACUAUGGCUUCGGGUCUCGAUAAGCUGGAAAGCCUGAUUGCUUUGCCGUUUGCGGCCGGCUCACGGGUCAGUGAGGCUGACUACAACACGAUUCCGUGGCUUUCGCAUGCCAUGAUGGGGGCGAACACACCAGUGACAGCGGUUCAAGACUUUGGUCCUUUGGAGAAACUCAUUCAAAAGACUGUGCCCGAUUUCAAGAUAGGCCCAAAAACGAAGGAAUGGUGGUCAAACGUUGCUAAAACAGAGGCGUUUAAGAAGGUGUUUCCAGUUUUACAUUAG